GUCUCCAGGCCGACAGCGGCCCGCGGCAUGUCGCUGCCCGAGCCUCUGCGGCGCCGACUGGGCUCCUUCAGCCGCACCAUUUUCACAGACAGCCGCCGCGCCGGCCCGCAGUACCCCAGCGAGCGCGCAGGUAAGCGCGGCCGCCUGCCAGCAAUAAAAAUGGCGGCUGGGGCAGCCGGGGCGGGGGAGCGGAGCCCUUCCAGGAAUCAAGAUGGCGGCGCCAACGGUCACCUGGCGGCCGUUAGGGCGGGGCGCGCUGUGGUUUAAAAGCGUGUCCGUUUGCACAAAGCGUUACAGGUAAAGUCCGUUGCUAGUCACGCACCAGGCUGCUAGACCACCAGAACGGAAAGCAUACGUGGUUUUAGAGAGCACCGAGAGCAAAUAGAACAACUAAGCCGCUGCUUUGAGCUCAGCAGCCCUCAGAGAGGACAGACCACCAUGAGUGAAGAGGUGUACCCAUAAGCUGGAGUUAGCUAGCAGAAACUCAAACUGCAACGUACCAGCUUUCUCCUCUCUCUUCCAAGUCUGUAAGGACCAUCCCUGAGGACAUAAUCAAUAUCCAUAAGGAAUGAGAGCUUUUCCUUUGUCCUAUUGUCAGGGAAACCUGCUAACAGCCCGCAGUUUUAUUCCUUUGCAGUGAUGGGAGCCAUGGAAAUAAACUGUCUGCAUAGGCAGGUCAUGUUCAUGGAGGUUAACAUGAAUUUCAACUGAUAAAUCCAUUCCAAGUUUAAUCAAUUCCUGCCCCUCACACCCUGUCCUUAAGGUCUGUCCCAGUUCUAUUCCCAAAUACUCCUCCCCUCCCAUCUAGUUUAGUGGCUUACCCUGAAUAAAUACUCCUGCAUCUGGCAUAAAGACUUCUGGAACAGAUUGUACCAGGCUGCAUGUGGCUGAACUGGAAACAGGAAUGCCAGACUGAGAUGGAACAAAACCAGGUAUGGAAAUAGCCAGAAGAUACAGAAAGAGACAACAGUGUCAGAAGAGGGGUGGUUCUGAGUCUGGAGGGAAAAACAUGUGGCUAUUGGACUAAGUUCCUAUUGAGUAUCAUCAUCGUGACAGACAAGGGAAUAAGACUUGAAUACAAAGCAGGUCACAAUGAAUAUUUUCUAAACAUGUUUAGAUGGUACCAAGUGAAGAUAUAUCUACACUCUUCACUUGAGGAAAACCUAAGAAGUAGGUCUGUUGGUAAUUGAAGUAAUUUUGUUGUAAUACAAACUUACUAGUUAACAUGGCAAUAAAUGGUUCAUUAAAAAUGAAAUUAAAAAUGAGCCAUUCAAUUGGAAUGCCCUUUAAAAUUUUUCCUUGUUUUCAGUUUGAUCUUUUAAAACUAUGAUUAAAUUCUAUACACUGAAGUCUGCAGGCUUUAAAUUCUGCUUGCUGUUUUCUUCAUUGCAUCAACACAUUUUGUUCUAAUCAUUCUUUAAAGGAUGAGUUUUAGCUUGACACAUAUUUGAAAUUCUUUAAUCAAGAUCUAAAACAAUUACAGGUUUCUUGCAAUGCUACUUCUAUCUGUAUUUAUUUAAAGACUCAGAAAACAAGAAUGGGCAUUACAAACGUAGAAUGUAGUAGUAAGUCCCUGCUCAGGAAAGUCAUCUACAAAAUGAAGAUAAUCCAAUCUGUAGUUAUCUAAACUCUGACCAUCCUCUUAAGAGCAGCAAUAAAAUUAGUACUUCCUAUUUCUGCAGUAUCAGUAUACAGCAGCAUUUGAGCUAAGCCUAUCAGUCAGGUUAUUGACUAUCUGGUAUUUUAUCGCUUACUCCACAGUCAGACACUCAACUUGAAUUUAUGACUACGUGAUAAAAAUUCUGUAUCAUGUGAACUGGAAGUUGUAUUAGAUGGUAGGAAAUAAUAUAGCCUAAGAUAGGAUAGAAAAAAAAAACGUUUUUAACAUUUAAUUUGACUAAGAAGUGUUAAUGCCCUGCUUGAAGCUAAGAAGGAGCACAAACUUUCUGUCAGUUACCAAAGGAAGGUAUGGAACAAACUAGGCGUGAUAAAGACUUCUCUUUAUCUACAGAUAAUGAAAUACUUUCCAGUUUACCACUACAGAUGUCCCUCUAUUUCAACGUUUACUUUUUCCCAUUUUGGUGGCUCAGCACAGUUUUUAUGCUUCAGCUAAAGUAUCCAGUCUUGUCAGAUUACUACAAAUUCAUCCUGGUCACAGUCAUGAUCCUGACUUCUCUAAUAGAGGUCAUUCGACUCUACCUGGGAUACAUGGGCAACCUGCAGGAGAAGGUGCCUGAGCUGGCUGGGUUUUGGCUCCUGACUCUCCUUCUGCAGUUACCUGUAAUUCUCUUCUUGCUAUUUAAUGAAGGUCUGAACAUUCAGCCCUUGGAAAGAUCAGUUAAUAUCAUCUUUGCCCUCUUCCUCGUCUUCCAAGUUAUUGCAGCCUUUGUCACCCUGAAAAGAAUGGUAAACAAACUGGCAACUCACUUCCACCUUAAUGAAUUUGACAGGCUAGAGGAACACCCCGUGCGUCAUCUUUAUGGCCCAAGUAAAGAAGAGAAUGUACUUCCCAUGGCUAGUAUGGGUCCAUGCUGAGGAGCUUCAUACAACAAGUUCAGGCUGGGGAUCAAGCACUUAGGGCCUGAGACGCUAGCAGAGGCAGGCCUUAUGAUGCUACAGCUCUGUUCCAUUUUGUUGGGUCAUUAUCUCAAUUUCUACUUCAGAGACAUUAAGAAAUAGAUUGCAAGUGCCAACAUUAAACCUCAGAGUUGAGCUCCACUCUGCAAGAAAAAUCAAAGCCAGUGACUUAAGUUGCUGAGUGGACCAAUUCAUUUGCACACUGUUACUGGGUAAAGUACCUACAGGGUAGGCUUGGUGGUUUUAUAUCCUAAAAAGUCAUGUGCCCUUUCUAAAGAACAGAAGUCUAUUUUCCUAAGUGUUUGCACAGACAUAUUUUGUUCACAAUAAAUCCUUUUCAUAUGUUUGUAUUUA